CCUCGUAAAACGGGGAUCGAUAACUAGGACAUCGCGGUAUUGAUAAAUAAACUCCGGUAAACGAUUGUCACGGACUAUUUGCCCUGGGUAAUUCAUUUCACAGUGUGUACCCUUAGUGUCAGUAUUCUUUGAUCCGAUCAUUUAUGGAUUAAGAACAGGUGUGCUGAACACGUUUUGCAGGUGGAAUCAAGAAAAGAACAAUCAUGACUUCUCCAGUAUCAAAUCAACCGCAGAAAAUGGAGAUGGGUCUGAAUCCAGGGAUGACCGGCCUGCCUCCAAGUCUCCAGUAUCUGGCUGGACUGGAUCAGAUUAUCAUCAAGCAGAAGAUCGAGGCUCUCGAAGUACUGACCGGGUUUGAAACCAGAAACAGAUAUGCUGUACUGAACAACCAGGGUCAACAAAUAUUCUUUGUACAAGAAGAGUCGAGUUUAUGUGAGCGCUGUUUCUGUCCAAUGAAUCGAGGACUAACCUUGCAUGUCACGGACAACAACUCGCAGGAAGUGAUGCAAUUCAGUAGGGAGUUCAAAUGGUGCACCGGAUGUUGCUGGUGCGGUGAAGGAUGCUGCAACAUGGCCUUUGCUGUAGAGUCCCCUGUGGGCAGGCGUCUGGGUACUGUAAGGACUGGUGACUCUAAAUGCAAGGCCCAUAUGAGGAUUUAUGACGCCUCCGACAAACACAUGUUUACACUCUGGGGUCCGUGCUGUCCGUGUCAGUGUGUUUGUGGAUGCACGGACGAUAUCGACUUCCCUAUAACGGACCCAUCAUUACAAACACGUGUGGGCAAUGUUGCCAAGCAGUGGAGAGGAUGUUGUGUGGACACGUUCACGGAUGCGGACCAAUUCUGUUUGACCUUUCCUGCAGAUAUGACAGUGGACUGUAAAGCGUUGUUACUGGGCGCAGUGUUCUUGACGGAAUUCUACGUGUUUGAGCAACAGAAAAACAACAACAAUAGUGGCGGCUACUGAUUGCUAUGGAAAUGAUAAACAGAUGUUUCAUUGCCUAUUCCUUAGAUUGUAACGCAGCAACUGGUUGUGGUCAAAGAAUAUUGCAUCGCCUAUUAUGAUUUUUAGCUAGAAUAUAACAUCACAUUGAAAAUAUUUGACAGUAUACUGUGUCUUUUUAUAUAGACUUUAUUUAUUAUCUGAUAUUAUUACAGUACUGCUGAUAUAUUAAAAAUGUAUGUACAUAUCUUUUUAUAGAAAUAAAUAACUCUCUUCUAUGA